AUUCAUUGUUUAAUUUAAAUUCCGUGAAUCAUUAACUUUAAGUUAUCUGCUUUCAGGUAGAAGGAGCAUGAAGUGUGAAGGAACUAUCAAUGCUGCUUGUGCUUGCGAUCGACCAGAGAUAGAUUUUCCAAUGAAUGUAACUGAACGCUCUUCCAAUGUCACUCUAACAGGCUUUUGUGGGGAACCGUGUGUAAACCAUGUGCUACAGUCCUUCUCCAUCAUCAUGUACAUCUUGUGUCUUCUGUUCAACUUCUUGGUCAUCUUUGGAGUCUUUCUUUCAAGACAACUGAAGAAACCAAUGUACUUGUUGAUGUUAAACCUUGCCAUCACUGACCUGGUGGGAUGCAGCGCAAAUGUGUGCCUGGUCUUUGAUAUGUUCUUUUCAGGGGAACAGUUUGUGUCAAAGGAGGCCUGCUUCGUUCAAGUGUUCUUUGUGUAUUUAUUUGGUGGAUUGUUGUGCGGAGCCAUCACCACGAUGGCAGUGGAUCGUUUCAUUGCCAUCUGCCAUCCUUUUUCAUACCUUCACAUCUUCAAGUGGAAAAAUAUAUUGAAAAUAAUGAUGGCGGUGUGGGCUGUAUCUCUGGUGAUGGCCUUUGUGUAUGUGGGACUGUGUGUGAAGAUGUUGAGACAGCCUGUGGUUGUUCGGGGCUUGAUGUGCGAUCACCUUUCUCUCAGCAACGUUGUGCAGGACCGGUUAAACUUUGAUUUUAUUUACAAUGUUUUCAUGUCAGUCGGUCUCAUUCUAGUCUGCAGUGCUUUACAGUGUUACACGUACCGUCAAAUAUUUGCCGAAAUCAACAAGUCCAAUGAUCGUGAAAUGGCUCAGAGUUCAAAAUCUAAAUUGGUGAAGCACCUCUUCAUACCAUUAAGUACAUAUGUUGUUGGCUUUUCCAUGCUCUGCGUCACGAUUGUCGACCAUUUUGUUUGCCAUCCAUAUGUGAUUAACACAAAGGUCAUCUUCCAGUUUAUUUAUUACACUACAGUUCCUGUGCUGAAUCCAAUCAUUUAUGGUCUUCAUAUCACAGAGCUGAGAAAACAUCUGUUGCACUUUCUGAACACCCAGAUGGUUUCUUUAUUCUCAUGA